CUAUAUUUAUUUACAUAAUUAUUGUGAAUAAACAAGACGUGCCGCGUCAUAAAUUUACUGUUAACAGUGCGAUGCCAAAUCAUUUUUCUGGGCUAUCGACAGUUUAUAAUAGACGGUUUGCGUCAAGUAGUUGUAAUAAGGAAGGAUAAAUAAACGUAAAGUAGCAAGUGGGGCAGCGAACUGUUUGUACUGCCCAUACAGAAAGUAUCUAUCAGUGGUCCUCUCGCAGUACGUUACGGUCUCUUCAAUAACUUGGAAGAUUUACAAGAAGUGAAAUCUUGCACCACUAUCAUCAACUGGCGCGCGUACGGUGAAAGAUGUGCGAGCUUUAUUGAACACUAAAUUUCAGUGUGCAAGUGAUAAUUAUGUCGUAGUGACCAAUUUUUAAAGGAUUACUAAAACGCUACCCCCAUUAACGGAAAAUUAUGAAAAGGAUGGGUUUGCGAUGCCUAGACGACUUUUUAAAUCGAUCCUUCUACAGACUUGGAUUGCUGGUCGGUCAUCAUCCAGGUUACUUCCUUAUUGUUCCUGUUCUUCUGUUCCUUUUAUGCCUUACGGGCUAUCAACGUAUACAUUACAAUAUUGACCCGGAGUAUCUCUUCAGUCCAGUUAAUGGUCCGGGUAAAUACGAGAGAGCGGUCGUAGAGGAGCACUUCAAGCUUAAUUACACGCAUCGGUUUAAUGUCGCAAGAAUUACAAGAGCAGGUCGCUUCGGAAGGGUGAUUAUAACAUCAAGUACCCGCAACAAAAACAUGCUACGUGCCGAAGUUUGGAAGGAGAUGCGAACGCUCGAUGACUUAAUACAAAAUAUGACCGUGUUUUACGACGAGGAGUACUUCACCUACAAGGAUAUUUGUGCCAAGUGGGGAAAUCAGUGCUUUCAGAACGACAUACUGAAUCUGGAUCAAAUAAUGGAGAAGGUUGAAGCUGGAACGCUAAGGCUAACAUUCCCAAUCAUGAUCAAUCCGGUGACCUGGGACGCGCACGCUUUCCCUGUAUAUUUCGGCGGUACGGAGGUCAGCGAGGACAGUACAAUUUUAAGCGUGCCUUCGGUUCAAUUGGCCUACUUUACCAACGUCGACACUAAAAAGUUCGAUGCAAAAGGAGCCGCUUGGGAGGACGGGUUCUUGGACAAGAUCGAGGAGAUACAAGACGGCGGUUUUUUUAAGCAUAUACGAAUUGCGAGAUUCGCCUCGAGAACUUUAGAUCACGAGUUGGAGAAGAAUACCAGAACAGUCAUACCGUACUUUACGUCAACAUUCGUUAUUAUGGCGUUGUUUUCUAUAGUUACGUGCAUGAUGGCCGAUUGGGUAAGAUCCAAGCCGUGGCUAGGACUUUUGGGAAACGUCAGCGCGUGUAUGGCUACAGUAGCCGCAUUUGGAACGUGUAUGUACCUCGACAUCGAUUUUAUUGGCAUUAAUCUGGCGGCCCCAUUUCUAAUGAUUGGUAUUGGAAUUGAUGACACCUUCGUAAUGUUGGCCGCUUGGAGGAGGACGUCUAUCAAAGAUACCGUUCCCGAAAGAAUGGCGAAAAUGUUAAGCGAGGCUGCCGUCUCAAUAACAAUUACUUCGGUGACCGAUAUGAUCAGUUUCUUUAUUGGAAUUUUUAAUCCGUUUCCUUCUGUUCGCAUUUUCUGCAUAUACUCCAGUGUCGCGACUCUUUUCACUUUCAUCUUCCAUCUCACUUUCUUCACAUCGUGUAUGGCCCUUGCGGGUUACUGUGAGCAGGGAAAUCGGCAUUCAAUCGUGUGUGUCAAGGUUCAACCGGUAUCUAAAUCAAGACAUCGAUCCAUCUUCUACCGUCUACUUUGUACGGGAGGCGUUGAUCCCAACGACAUAGACAACGCCACGGACAACAAAGAACACAGACUGAUGGUGUUCUUCCGCGACUACUUCGCCAAAUUUUUAAAUAACAGCUUUGCGAAGAUCUUAAUAAUAACAACGUUUUUACUCUACCUACUCGGCGCCGGCUACGGGGUCACGCAAAUCGAGGAGGGACUCGAGCGUCGCAAAGUGGCCAAAUCGGAUUCGUACGCGAUCGAAUUUUUCGAUCGGGAGGACGACUACUUUCGAGAAUUUCCCUACAGAAUCCAAGUGAUAGUGAGUGGGGAGUUAAACUAUUCUGAUCCAGUAAUUCAGAAGGAAGUGGAGCAUUUGACGCAGACUUUCGAGAACACUUCGUAUGUUUCUGGUUCUUUGUACAGUGAGUCUUGGUUGAGAAGCUUUCUUUCGUACGUUGAGCACAAUAAUGAUUAUUUAAAUAUUACAAUCGACAAUGAAAAUGACUUUCUAAGUGCAUUAAAGGAGCACUGGUUGUACCCUUCAAGUCAAUACGCUCUAGAUGUCAAAUUUAACAAAAACGGUACAAGAAUUCAGGCAAUGCGGUUCAUGAUCCAGGCAGUUAAUAUUUCUGGAACCGAGCAUGAAAAAGAGAUGGUUCAGGCCUUAAGACAAAUCUGUAGCGAGUCACCUCUAAACGUUAGCGUUUUCCAUCCGUACUUUGUGUUUUUCGAUCAGUUCGAGUUGGUAAAGCCGAUGUCAAUCCAAAACAUGGUAAUGGGUGCUAUCAUAAUGAUGGUGAUAUCAUUCCUAUUCAUACCGAAUCCAUUGUGUUCUCUGUGGGUCGCCUUCAGUAUAAUUUCCAUAGAAACUGGCGUCGUAGGUUACAUGGCGCUUUGGAAGGUGAACCUGGAUUCAAUCUCAAUGAUUAACUUAAUUAUGUGCAUCGGAUUCAGCGUCGAUUUCACUGCGCACAUCUGUUACGCGUACAUGUCUUCGUCAGCAAAACACCCAGACAAGCGGGUGCAAGAAUGUCUAUACGCACUUGGUCUACCCAUCUUCCAAGGAGCCUUCAGUACAAUACUCGGCAUGGUCGCACUACUACUACCCAACAACUAUUUAUUCAGCGUAUUCUUCAAAAUGGUGUUUUUGGUAGUAUUCUUCGGUGCAAUGCACGGAUUAUUCCUUCUCCCCGUCUUGCUCUCAAUAUUUGGACCGGGAUCUUGUACAAACUACGACGAUCCAGACGAAAUCAAGUUGUCAUCAAUUGAGAAAACGUUCCCGCGUCCAUACUGCAUACCACACCCUCAAUUUACGCUUAACGGCUCCAACUUGGGAAACAACCUUAAGGGCCACAAUCUAUCAUUGGAAAAUAAACCGGGGGGUCCAAAAGUGAACAAGGCCUAUGUUGACCUUGAAAAAGAUCUGGGCCUAGGCACGUCAGAGGAAAACUCGAGCGAGUCCAGCUCGAACAAGUCCAAUAAGAAGAAUAUCUUGGACGAAGAUAUCAGCGCGUGGCGUCGAAGUUAUAACCUCGACUUACCAGCGCAACGAGUAUUGGAUAUAUUUGGCAAUGACACGGAGAAAGAGUGGCGUAAGAGUAGGGAGCUGUACGAAAGCCGCCGGAGAUCCAGUGAUAAUUGGCGCAAAUACCAAGAUUCGUACAACAAGAGCGAUGAGGAGAGGUACAAUCGACGAUGCACGCCUCCCCAAGAGAGCUACUACAGAAGGCCACUGAGCAGAUCGAGCUCCCAUCACAAUUUACAGCACCCUCGGUAUGUGCAAGAACUUAGAUUUCCGUAAUGGAAGUUAAUUAGUGCAUUCAAUUAACAUUAGCCGUAGUUAAAAGGGGGGGCGUGAGUGUGACUGGCAGCAUCCGGCAGUGACGUUAAACCGGUGCUUCAAAAUUGAGGUGUCAAUACAAUUCGUGCAGCAACAGUGAAACCGUGGCCAAUCCGUAUCAAAUAUACUGCCAUACUGAUUUAGUUAUUUGUCAAACCAAAAUCCAAAACCCGACUUUGCCAUUUAAAAUCCAUAUAGAAAAGGACUUAUAUUUAUUUUUAAAUUCAAUCCUACGCUGCUACUUUAGGGAUUAGGAGAAAAUUUGUAUUUAUUUUUAGUUUGAAUAUUAUUUUUGAAUUUUUGAGUAAAGACUGACCAAUAACUUUUAAUGUUUAGCCAGUCGAUACUUUUGCAUAAGUAGUUAGCUAAAUUUUGUAUGUCUAAUUUUGUGUAUGUUUAUAAAGUUAUAGGUUUUUAAUCUGUGUGUGCUCAAUCAAUUUUUAAUUUGUACAUAAACGUUCGAAAUAUAUUUUUUAAAUACGA